UGCCGGGAGACAGGGGCGCGCGGGAAAGGGAGGAGGAGGGGGAUGUUACGUGGUGACGUUAAUUCUAUAUGAGCGCGAGCGGCGGGAGCUUGGGUCUUUUUACCGCCAGCCGCGCGGCGUUUCUUCCUCGCUCCUGAGUCACUGCGAGACCCGGCCUCACGCAGAGGUUUCUUGAGGUCUGGAAAAAUGGCAGACAUUGACAACAAAGAACAAGCUGAGCUUGACCAGCAAGACAUGGAAGAUGUUGAAGAAGUAGAAGAAGAAGAAACUGGAGAGGAUGCUAACAGUAAAGCACGUCAGCUGACUGUACAAAUGAUGCAGAAUCCUCAAAUUCUUGCAGCUCUUCAGGAAAGACUUGAUGGUCUGGUUGGAACACCUACAGGAUAUAUAGAAAGCUUGCCUAAAGUAGUUAAGAGACGUGUAAAUGCACUCAAGAAUCUUCAAGUUAAAUGUGCACAGAUAGAAGCAAAGUUCUAUGAAGAAGUUCAUGAACUGGAAAGAAAAUAUGCUGCUCUUUAUCAGCCCUUGUUUGACAAGAGGAGUGAAAUCAUCAAUGCAGUUUAUGAACCUACUGAAGAAGAAUGUGAAUGGAAAACAGAUAUUGAAGAAGAAAUUUCAGAGGAAAUGAAAGAGAAGGCCAAGCUUGAAGAAGAGAAAAAAGAUGAAGAAAAAGAUGACCCCAAAGGAAUUCCUGAAUUUUGGCUGACUGUAUUCAAGAAUGUUGAUUUACUCAGUGAUAUGGUUCAGGAACACGAUGAACCUAUUCUGAAACACUUAAAAGAUAUUAAAGUGAAGUUUUCAGAGGCCGGGCAGCCUAUGACUUUUACAUUAGAAUUCCACUUUGAACCCAAUGAAUAUUUCACAAAUGAACUGUUGACAAAAACAUAUAGAAUGAGGUCAGAGCCCGAUGAUUCUGAUCCUUUCUCCUUUGAUGGACCAGAAAUUAUGGGUUGUACAGGGUGCCAAAUAGACUGGAAAAAGGGGAAGAAUGUUACUUUGAAAACCAUCAAAAAGAAACAAAAGCACAAGGGGCGUGGAACAGUUAGAACAGUGACAAAAACAGUUUCCAAUGAUUCUUUCUUCAAUUUUUUCAGUCCUCCUGAAGUUCCUGAAAGUGGAGACUUGGAUGAUGAUGCCGAAGCAAUACUUGCAGCUGAUUUUGAAAUUGGUCACUUUCUACGGGAACGCAUAGUUCCACGAUCAGUAUUGUAUUUCACAGGAGAAGCCAUUGAAGAUGAUGAUGAUGAUUAUGAUGAAGAGGGUGAGGAGGCCGAUGAUGAGGAAGGGGAAGAAGAAGCAGAUGAAGAAAAUGAUCCAGAUUAUGACCCCAAGAAGGAUCAAAACCCAGCAGAAUGCAAGCAGCAGUGAAACAGUGUGUAUGUGGCCUUGAGGAUAAUCUGCACUGUAAUAGCCUAAACACAACUAUUAGUUACUUACAGCCUUAUGUUUUGUAUCUUGGUAGAAUUAAGUAAACUAUUUGUUAAAACAAACUGACAGAACCAGUUUAAAAUGUAGGUUCCUUGUACCUAGCAUUUUAAUAGUACUUUUCUGCCAAUAUGUAGAAUGCAGUAAAUCCCUAAAGCAUGAAUAGUUAAUUCAUUGCUAUAUAUAGUUUGGUUCUUGUGAAGUCUGUUGUCAUGUAGCUAUUAGACUGCAGCUGUGAAGAUAUCAGAACUGUUGACAGAGACCAAUCUUUGUUUAGAAAAGAUAUUUCCUGAAGAACCAACCAAAGUAUUUUUCAGCCCAGUAGUUUCAAUGGGUUUAAGUCUGCUUGCACUAGCUGUGCCUUCAUUACUUUGUUAUAGAAAUGGCAGUGACUCGUACUAAUUAGGAGAUGAAUGCAUUUUUGAAUUUGAUUACUUCCAUAUAUGUUAAUUUUCAUCAAGACCACAUUGAACAUUCAUAACUGUCUGCUUGUUCAUGCUUUAGGUUUUUGUAUUUUGUGACAGUGACCUACAGGAAAACUAGAGACAUCAUAUUAAGGUUGUUUACCACUGGGGUGUGAAUAAACCUAGUAUUUUCAGAAA